UUAAAUCAACUUCGAAUAAAUGAUGAACUAAUAAGACUCGCAUAUCAGUUGAUGAAUAAAUUAUAUAUUGAAAAGUAUAUAAACAACCUAUAUCCAUUCCUAAAGUUUAUAUUCUUUUUUAGUACCAGGCACACCAAUGUUUCCCAAUAAAAAGUCCCUAAAGUUUAUUUUCAUGCUCCUUUUUCUCGGAGCUUGCAUUUCAACUAGCAUCAUCACCCUGGAUAAGCCCCUCAGCGACGGCCAUACACUGCUUUCCUCCGGACAAAAUUUUGCACUGGGAUUCUUUAGCCCCGGUAAUAGUAGCCGGAGAUAUGUAGGCAUCUGGUACAACAAAGUCUCUGUCCAAACACUCAUCUGGGUUGCCAACAGGGAUCAUCCCAUCACCAACAAAUCUGCUGUUUUUUCACUUCACAAGACCGGAAAUCUUGUCUUAUCUUACACCCCAAACGCCCCUGUUUUAUGGUCCACCAAUAUUUCGAACUUAUCAGCUGCUGGUGAGUCCAGCUACUCAGCUGAGCUAAUGGAUACAGGAAAUCUUGUGGUGUAUAAGGAUAAUAACAAGAAGGAUUUGUUAUGGCAGAGCGCAGAUUUUCCAUCAGAUGCUUUGAUUUCCAAUAUGAAGAUUGGAGUGGACCGGAGGUCCGGGCUCAACCGGUUCUUGACUGCAUGGAAGUCCCCUGAUGAUCCUGGAAGCGGGUCGUAUACAAUUAUGAUUAAUGCGAAUGGUUCGGUUCCCCAGCUGUUUUUGUAUAGGAAUUGGGAGCCGGUAUGGCGCGGAGGGCCUUGGAAUGGAUUAGGAUGGAGCGGCGUGCCUGAAAUGGCAGUCCUGGGAUCCGCUAGAUUUAUAUUCAAUGUAAGUUAUGUUGAUAAUGCUGAGGAGGUGUAUCUUGUGGAUUACUUGCGUAACAAGUCAGUUAUAUCGAGAAUGAUUGUUAAUGAGUCCACUGGAACUCUUCAGAGGCUCACUUGGCAAGAGCAUAAAUGGGUUAAUUUCUACUCAGCACCUAAGGAUACAUGUGAUCUUUUUAGUCAUUGUGGUCCUUAUGGUGUUUGUAGCAUCUUAAAUGUGGGAGAGUAUGAGUGUAAUUGUCCUCCGGGAUUCGAGCCAAAGUCGCGUCAGGACUGGUACUUGAGAGAUGGCUCACAAGGUUGUGUUCGGAAACAGAAAGGCCAGAUUUGUGGGAAUGGGGAAGGGUUCGUGAAGCUGGAAAGGAUGAAGCUGCCUGACACGUCUAAGGCGAGGCGCGACAUGAGUUUGGGUAUGAAAGCGUGUGAAGAGUUAUGCUUGAGGAAUUGCUCGUGUAUGGGCUACUCCGCGGCUGAUGUGCGUGAUGGAGGUUCGAAUGGGUGCAUUACGUGGUACGGUGAACUGGUGGACUUGAGAGAGUUUUCGAGUGGUGGCCAGGACUUGUACAUGCGAUUAGAUGCCGUUGAGUUAGCUAAAUAUUCAAAGAAGAAAAAGAAAUUUCCUGGCUUCCUCAAGAUACUAUUCAUUGUGCUUCUGAGUGCUGCAGUUUUGGUUCUUCUUAGUAUCGCGUAUUGGUUAAUGAUGAAGAAAAACAGAGAAAAAGCUCGGAGAAAGCAGGAGGGAACAGGAUUGUUUAGUAGUAAUAGUCAUAAUCUCAGAAUGUCUGUCAACGAUUCUCCAAAGGGAGAUCAGGUUGAAAAUUUAGAGACAAGUACUGGUGACGUGAAAUUUUACACUCUAAGCACUAUUAUAGCUGCAACUGGUAAUUUCUCCCUUGCUCACAAAGUCGGAGAAGGUGGUUUUGGUUCUGUGUACAAGGGUAAACUAGAAAAUGGCCAAGAAAUUGCGGUGAAGAGAUUGUCACACACAUCAGGGCAAGGAAUAGAGGAAUUCAGAAAUGAAGUCACAUUGAUAGCACGGCUUCAACACAGGAAUCUUGUCAGACUUUUUGGAUACUGCAUUCAGAAAGAUGAGAAAAUGUUGAUAUAUGAGUACUUGCCCAACAAGGGACUGGACUGUUUUCUUUUCGAUAAAGAAAAGAAGUGCAUGCUAAACUGGGAAAAGCGGUUUGAUAUUAUAUUGGGCAUAGCUAGGGGGAUGGUAUACCUUCAUCACGAUUCAAGACUGAGAAUCAUUCACAGGGAUUUGAAAGCAAGUAAUGUUUUACUUGAUGCUCAAAUGAACCCAAAGAUAUCUGACUUUGGGAUGGCUCGAAUCUUUGGAAAUGAUCAGAUUGAAGAAACGACAAGGAGAGUAGUCGGAACAUAUGGUUACAUGUCACCAGAGUACGCCAUGGAAGGUCUAUUUUCAAUUAAAUCCGAUGUUUUCAGCUUUGGAAUUCUACUCUUGGAGAUCAUAAUGGGAAGAAAAAACAGUACCUACUAUGCUGAAAACUCCGUUAACUUAAUUGGACAUGUUUGGGAUCUUUGGAAAAAGUCAGAAGCCUUACAGAUAGUUGAUCCGUCACUAGGCACAUCUGAUGAACGUGAUCCUGGAAUUCACAGAUGUAUCCAUAUCGCUCUAUUGUGCGUACAAGAAUCUGCAACAGCAAGGCCAAGCAUGUCGGAAGUAGUGUUUAUGUUAAGCAAUGAAAUAAGUCUCCCACCUCCAGACCAGGCUGCAUUCAUUCUGAGAACAUCUGAUAAAGCUCUUACAAACACAAGUUCUAGCAGUUUAGGUGCUAUUUCGGUAAAUGACAUCACAAUAACUACGGUUGAAGGUCGCUGAUCUCAAGGUAUAAAGUUAUGCGUUUAGGUACUGUUCUUCGUGGUUUCCUCUUUGCAGCUAGUAGAUACUGAAGUUUUAUUGAACAAUGUUCGUGCAAACACAUUUAUAUUAUUGGACUGUUUGAGGAUGUACUAUUAUAGUAUGUCCCUGUGCUACAAAGUAUUACCAAAUAUGCGACGUUUUUAUUGUUAGUUUUUAAA